GACGUAAAUACCUCGAAUCGAUUAACAUCAAGGGGAACGCGAAGCGCAUUAACGGCACAUACAGACGAAUAGCCAACUCAUGGAUGAGCAAAUUCCAGUCGAUUGAUCUAUUACAAAAGACCUCACUUUGCUCAAUUACCCCAACUAUGCUUUUCCUCGAAAAACCGCGGUUAUCGCAGAUAAACUGAAGAAACUGAUUUAGGUGUGUCGAGAGUGGGGUCCUCCUUAAUUUGAAAACUUGUCGAGAAACCACGGAUCAGUUUAUAACCACACGUGUUUCUAGACCGAUUGUUGAAAUGGUUGUGCGUCUAAAUAUUAAUAAUCACACCAAUAAAUAAUCGUAUUUAUAAAUUCUCAAUUAAGGUAGGUCGAGUGUUUGCUUUGAAUCACUUUUAUCUCGCCGAUAAGUGUUAUUAUUUGGUGUUUUUCGCGAAGCAUUUCAAUUUUGCUUUUCGAAGAUAAUACCGGCUUUAACAAGUUCGCCUAAACGCUGAAUUUCCUCAAGAUGAAGAUUUUGGGGAUCAAGUUCGCCCCUUUGCACAUCCCCCUCGAGCGCCGCUUGCAAACCCUUGCCGCCGGAUGCUGGUUCACAACCCUGGCCUUUGGUACCUUCAUCGGUACCUUCAUCUGGGUGUACGUCUUCUUCACCCGAUUCUGGUACCUGUCCGUCCUUUACGCCACCAUAAUAUACCUCGAGAAAAGCAAGUGUGAGAAGGGCGGCCGCCCCAUCGAAUGGAUCAGACAUUGGGGAUGGUGGUACUACUUGAAAAACUACUUCCCCUGUAAGCUUGACUUUGUCCCGGGCCUAACCUUUGAUCCGAAGAGGAAUUAUCUAUUUGCCUGUUACCCCCAUGGGAUCCUCCCGGCGGGCCCUUUCAACACCAUUGGUAGCCCUUACAGCGAAUUUAGCAAGUUGUUUCCAAAGUUUCGGGUGAGGUUGGUGAUUCUGCACCAACAUUUCUUCAUUCCGUUUCUGCGGGAGAUUGCUUAUGGGACAGGGGGGAUUUCGGCCUCGGCCAAGUCGUUGAAUCAUGUUUUGGGGAGUCCGGAAGGGGGGUAUAUUGCGGUGUUGAUGCCCGGGGGCGCAGUUGAGGCCUAUAACAGCCGGCCUGGACAGUACAGAAUCAUCCUGAAGAACAGGAAAGGCUUCGUAAAACUGGCCUUGAGGAAUGGGUCACCACUAGUACCAGUUAUCUCGUUCGGGGAGCCGGAAUUGUUUGAUCAAGUUGAAGGGAGGACUUUGAGGAAGAUUCAGGAGUCCAUCAGGAAGUACCUCGGGCUGGCACCUGUGAUUUUCUCAGGGAGAGGGUUCUUCCAGUACUCGUUUGGCGUUAUUCCACAAAGGAGGCCUAUUACGACCGUUGUCGGGCACCCGAUUGAAGUUACCAAAAUCGAAAAACCAACAAACGAGGAAGUGGACGAACUACAUAAAAAGUACAUGCAAGAGCUGGAGAACUUGUUCGAAGAGUACAAAUUCAAAUAUUUGGAGAAUCCGAAGGACAUACACUUGGAGUUUGAAUAAAGACUGUUUUAAAUUUUGUUACAUAUUUUUAUAAAAUACUGUUAUUAAAUAAAUUAUUACUUAUUUUUUAAA